AUGAAAUACGAAGAGGAAAUCAAGAUAAGGAGAAGGAGUUUUAGCCCGAGAGGAAGAGGUGACGAUGAGGAAGAACUUGAACAAACGUCACGUGGAAGAAGGGGCAGGGACAACGAAGGCAAUAAUCUCCAUAUCAAAGGUCUAAGUCGGCGUAUCGAUGAUCGUGGUCUUUUGGAAACGUUCUCGAAAGCCGGGAGGGUUCAAAAAGCCCAAGUUGUCUAUGAUCCUCAUACCCGCGAAUCGAGAGGCUUUGGGUUCGUGACUAUGGAGUCGCCUGAAGAGGCUAUUGCGGCUAUGACCUUUUUCAACGCUACAGAGGUGAUGGGGAAGGUGAUUACAGUUGAGAGAGCAAGAAGAGGACGAGCACGUACACCUACGCCAGGAAAAUACUAUGGACCACCGAAGAAAUUCACGUAUGAACGUCAGUACGACCCUGUCCCAUACGAUAGUCGUUACGCGAGGGAGAAGAGAGGUCGUGGAAGGUACAGGGAUUGGAGGGAUGACGAUGAUUUCGACAGGAGAAGGAGUUAUCGGAGGAGAGACUCGGAGGAUUGGAAUCGUAGGCGUUGA